CUCGCUCACUCCUGCCCGCUCGCCUGCUCGAACACGAUGUUGGGGACCCUCCGGCCUUCCUCUUAUUGGCCGCAUCGUUCUUUCCAGCCGCAGCCCGAGGAUCCGCAAUGGCCGUCUCCACGUGUUUCGAGUCGUGGUACAAAAUCCUCCAGGUACUCGAGAUGGUCCAGCGCCUCCUCCUAUGGGGUAAUCGCCGCCACUGCCGAAUGCGAGAAGGGUCGAUGGUGGAGGAGGCUCAGCCUUAGGGUUUCGUGCAAGCGGCGGAGAAACAACUUGCCCGCCUUGGGAUUAUGGAGAUCAGUAGAGCCGAUACGGAAGGCGGCGAGGAAAGCGUUGGCUUUUGGAGGGAGGGAAUGCAACCACGAGCUUUUCCUAUUGAAGUUGCUUCUUGGCCGUUUGAUCUCCAUCAUGGUGGUGAGAUCAAACCAUCAAGAUGUAGCGCUUCUUCGAAGGUAAAAUUGGAGGUCCCCAACCAGACGGUGGAGAGGGUAAUCCUUAUAAGACGAGAGCAGCCCAAUCCAGACGACCGUGGAAUAGCAGGAAAUCACCGACGCCGAGGACGCUUCUCUACGAUCCGUCGAUUGUUUUGGAGAAACAGGUCGGGGUAUCGUGAAGGAAAGGGUUUCGUUUCCCUCUCUGGUCGAUAUCUGUCUUGCCCCUUGGUUCUAUUGAUGGCGAGGAAGCGGAAAUCGGAGGCGAUGGGCCUCGAUGAGGCGGAUCGAACGCUGUACUCCACCUUCUGCGCCGCCGCCAAUUCGCUGUCGCAGGUUUACACACAAGCCAUGAACCAGCAGAAGAUCUCCUUCCAGGCCGGCGAGCGCCAUGCGCUGGAGAAACUUUAUCAAUGGAUUGUGAGAAACCACGAGGAAGGGUCAAGGGUUACCAUAGCUGAUAUAGUUACACAUAUUCAGAAUGAGAUGGAUUAUGCCGGAGAAGGUUCAUUAGUCUCCCCCAGGUCACCAUUCCAACAUCAGCACCACCAAACAACAAUUCACUUAACAAACACAGGCAUCCAACCUGCAUCUGGUUUGUUCGGACAGCCAACAGUCGGACUUGCCUCUCGAAGCGGUCACUCUGAUCAAGCAAAGAACUCGGUUUUCUCAAAUGCACUUUCCAGCCCAGUGUGCAGAAGCCUUCAGCCAUAUCACCUUGCUCAGGGGAGUGGACUUUAUGCAAAUACUGUCAUACCAACUGGAACUGCAGGAGCAAGGAAUCAUGAUCCAAAUCAAAACCGGGAUACUAAUUCUCUCAGUUCCAAUGAUUCAUCUAUGGAUAUUCACACAGAUAGCCCGCCUCAUGAAGCAUAUUGACAAAUCUCUCUGCUUUACAUUUGUAUAUAGUUCAAGAACCUUAACUAAUGAAGCCUCAAAUCUCAGCUCUGCCACUUAAAGAGUUAGGUGGAUAUCAGAAAGGCUAGAAGAAAAGGUUUGAACCAAAACUUUCUUAUCCACUCAUGCUAAGUGAUGCAUGUGGUAACUCAUGCAAGCCAUAAUUAGUGUGUGCUUUAAUUUUUUUGUCAGUGUUGAAUGUCUCAUCUAAGUGCUCUUACUGCAUUAUGGACAAAUAUUUAUAGUCUAUGUGGUAUAACCUUUUGUAUCCUGUAAUAGCUUUGUACAUGUAUAUUUGAAUAAUAUAAAUGUAUAAUAAUAUAUAGGCUUAA